GCAACCUUUGGACUUUAUCAGGACAUGCAGGAGGCAGCUAUUCACUGGUCUAACACACACACACACACACACACACACACACACACAGAGAGAGAGAGUGAGAGAGAGAGAGAGAGAGAGAGAGAGAGAGAGAGAGAGAGAGAGAGAGAGAGAGAGAACAGCGUCAAGCUUUUGAUUGGUUUUUACCAAGAUUCAAGCUUUUGGAUCUAUAAUUGGAGAACAAAUUGUAGAGUUAUCUUUGUGGAUAAGCAAAACUGGAUUAGGAUAAAAGUCUCUUGUCAUUCUAAUGGAACCUAUACGUUGAAUCCCUGUGUCUUCAACCCAGGAACAUGGGACUUGUUAUCUUAGGGGAUCCAGCUGCCAAAGGGGGGAAAAAAUCAAGAGCUGCGCUUUUAAACGAAGUUGCCCUUGCUGGUGUUCAGGGUAAAAAUAGAGGCGGCCGCUUGGACCGGCUUGGCCCUGAGUCCAGGCGUCCUGCGAGCCGGGCUGGAGCUGCGCAUUCGGGAGUGAUCCCUGGAAACUGCCAGCAGGUGCUGCUCAAGUGCCAAUACCAUGAAGAGGAACUCAGACAGCUCUGACCUCAUGAUACAAGAGCCGGCUGGCAAAGCAGAAGGGACCCGAAAGAGAAUUUGCUGAAGAGGAGAAGGAAAAAAAAAAGUCCAAAAAAAAAAAAAAAAAUACAACCCUGUGCGUGAGGGUGGGAGGAAAAGCAGGGCCUUUAAAGAAGGCAACCCUACGACUUUUGCUGCCAGGAUGCCCUUGCUUUGGCUGAGAGGAUUUCUGUUGGCAAGUUGCUGGAUUAUAGUGAGGAGUUCCCCCACCCCAGGACCCGAGGGGCACGGCGCAGCCCCGGACUGCCCGUCCUGUGCGCUGGCCACCCUUCCGAAGGAUGGACCUAACUCUCAGCCAGAGAUGGUAGAGGCUGUCAAGAAACACAUCCUAAACAUGCUGCACUUGAAGAAGAGACCCGAUGUCACCCAGCCGGUGCCCAAGGCGGCGCUUCUCAACGCGAUCAGAAAGCUUCAUGUGGGCAAAGUGGGGGAGAACGGGUAUGUGGAGAUAGAGGACGACAUUGGCAGGAGGGCCGAAAUGAAUGAACUCAUGGAGCAGACCUCGGAGAUCAUCACCUUUGCCGAGUCAGGUACAGCCAGGAAGACACUGCAUUUCGAGAUUUCCAAGGAAGGCAGUGACCUGUCAGUAGUGGAGCGUGCAGAAGUCUGGCUCUUUCUGAAAGUCCCCAAGGCCAACAGAACCAGGACCAAAGUCACCAUUCGUCUGUUUCAGCAGCAGAAGCACCCACAGGGCAGCUUGGACAUGGGGGAUGAGGCUGAGGAAAUGGGCUUAAAGGGGGAGAGGAGUGAACUGUUGCUAUCAGAGAAAGUGGUUGAUGCUCGGAAGAGUACCUGGCACAUAUUCCCAGUGUCUAGCAGCAUCCAGCGCCUGCUGGACCAGGGAAAGAGUUCUCUUGAUGUUCGGAUUGCUUGUGAGCAGUGCCAGGAGAGUGGUGCCAGCCUAGUGCUCCUGGGCAAGAAGAAGAAGAAAGAAGUGGAUGGAGAUGGGAAGAAGAAAGAUGGAAGUGAUGGAGCAGUGGAAGAGGAAAAGGAACAAUCACAUAGACCUUUCCUCAUGCUGCAGGCUAGGCAGUCCGAAGACCAUCCUCAUCGAAGGCGUAGGCGGGGCUUGGAGUGUGAUGGCAAGGUCAACAUCUGCUGUAAGAAACAAUUCUUUGUCAGCUUCAAGGACAUUGGCUGGAAUGACUGGAUCAUUGCUCCCUCUGGCUAUCAUGCCAACUAUUGUGAGGGUGAGUGCCCAAGCCACAUAGCAGGCACCUCUGGGUCCUCCCUCUCUUUUCACUCAACAGUCAUCAACCACUACCGCAUGAGGGGUCAUAGCCCCUUUGCCAACCUUAAGUCAUGUUGUGUGCCCACCAAGCUGAGACCCAUGUCCAUGCUAUAUUAUGAUGAUGGUCAAAACAUCAUCAAAAAGGACAUUCAGAACAUGAUUGUGGAGGAAUGUGGCUGCUCCUAGAGUUGCCAGGUCCCAGAGGAAAUGGAUCUAGAAAGUCCAGAGAAGACAGUGGCAAAAUGAAGAAAAAUAUAAGAUACCUGAAUUAAACAAAACAACCAGAAAAAUAGAAAUAAAAAAAAAAAAACCCAACAAAAACUAGACUGAAAACAAAACCUUAUGAAACAGAUGAAGGAUGUUGCGGAAAAAUAUCCUAAGCCAGGGCUCAGAGAUGAAGCAGUGAAGGAAACAGGGAUUGGGAGGAAAAGAGAGAAUGGUGUACCCUUCAUUUCUUCCAAAACCAAACUGAUGGGAUCAGUUUUAUCCAAACUGGGUAUUGUCCUCUCUCCUGCCUCUUGCGGUUCCCUUGUGAGCCUGGAAGUCUACUUGUCUAUUCUGCAGUAAUGUGGGCUAGCACAACCCAAAUAAUGUCUAGAAAGCCAUGAGUUUUAAAGGGCCAGUCCCACCCAGAUACCCAGGUCAUAAGUAUGUCUAUGUGACACUAUCUCUGUGUAUUUCAGCGUGCACACACACACACACAUACACACACACACACAGGCACACACACAUGCAAACACACACACACACACACAUGC